CAACUGCAUCGCUAAAUGGAGGUUGGGUGCCUGAGACAUCCAGGAGCUUCCACUAUUGGCAGCCAGCUCCUAGAUGAAGACUGCUCUCAUGGCUGCCAAAUCCAGGAAACUGAUCCAUGAGCUCCCUAGCAGAAGAGGGAGAAGGGAGGGGGGAAUGCUUGAAGACGUGCUUCCAUGCAAACCAACACUCACUGUAAAUGCUAUCGCUGUAAAGGCUGUCAAAACAUCUCAGUCCAAGAGUGCACAGAAUCCUGGUGCAUGCACAUAUCGAUAUAUUACCAUAUGCCAGUCAGAGAGCAAACCAAAAUGCCAAAUAAUUAUUGUACUGAAGGUAAGAUUGAACUAUAACAUAGGGCAACUCUGGGAUGGUGCAUUUGUCAGUUUCAAAUUACAACAGAGACAAUUUUGCAUUAGUUCUUCUUAGAAGGCAAGCCUGUUUUAUUUUUUAUCACUAGGAUUAACCCCCAUAAAGGGCGUAGAUGCAUGUUCUUUUUCUGACAUAUGACUGAUCACCACCCUUGCAACCCUUUGCUUGCAAACUCAUAUUUGCGUUUGUAAUCUUUAUACGAGAAGAUAUUAGAUUGAGAGGCAUUGGCAAACAACAGGAUUAUCACAGCUUCCAACACAAUCAACAACCUUUAAUUAUAUUAAGAUUUACUUGUGGCCUCUUGGCUACAAAUAACACAAAAAGGGCAGGGUUUAACUCUGUCAGGUUGACAAAGGGUAGCAACAUAAGAGAGUACUAACGCUCUUGUUACUGAUUAAACAAUAUACAGCUAGUAGUAGUGUGCUGAAAGGAAAGGUAAUUUAAUUAUGUUUAGUAUCAGGGGAAUGUGGCAGUCAUAUCACCAGUUCUUCAGGAACCAUUCAAUCACCUGACUAUCCCAAGCAGUACCCAAAUGGACAAAAAUGUGUCUGGACUGUGUCUGUUGAAGGUUCUGUACUGAACAUCAAAACUUCAUUUAGUGCUUUUGACCUGCAAGACCCUGUUGAUGAAAAAUGUGUGGAUUAUGUGGCAAUAUAUCGUUUGCAGCUGGACAAAGAUCCUGACGCUGUUCUGGAGGGAAAGUUCUGCGGAGACUCUUUACCACAGUCCAUCAAGAUAGAGGAAUCGUCCAUGACAGUGCAGUUUAUUUCUGAUUCUGAUUCUGUUUCUAAUCCUCACACUGGAUUUUCUCUCAAUUUUGAAGCUAGCUUUCAAGAUAAUUCGUCAGUUUCUCAAGCCACUGCUGGCAUUGUUGCUGCAGUCUUUUGUGCCGUGGUCUUUAUUGGAGUGGGUCUGCUGCGGUGUAUGAUGAUGGGAGCAUGUAAUACCUGUGGUGGUCCUAACCCAGGGGAUGAUCACGACAGGCAGGUUGUGGGUACUAACGAUUCCUACACAUAUAGAGCAGAUUUUCCGCCUUCAUAUAGCACAGUUAUGGAUCAUCCUGAGAGAUUCCCCACGCCAGAAUCCAGCCCCAUGAUGACAGCACAGAAUAGAAAUGGAACAGUGGUAACUGAUGGGCAAGUUGCACGAGCUGAAUUUACUCUUCAGUCUAGCGACAGUUCUGAUGAAGAUGACGAUGAUUCACCACCGCCACCUUACCCUGGGCUUGUUAGGUUUUCCAGACACCCAGUAUUUUUUGCAAAUAGCUGA